UGUAUGAUGACCCACCUUUAAAGGGGAAGGAGGCACCUGAGAUUCCUAAAUGCUCAUGGUUGAAAGGAAUGUCAAAAGUCAGGGCUUGCAAAUCAUCAGAAAGUUUUAUUACCAAAUUAUACACUUGGCAUGGAAAUUGCAGGGUACCUUUUUAUGGAUAGGUUUCCUCAGUCUGAAGAUGGAUUUCUCAUUUUCUAUGCAAAAUUAGUUAUCAUGCACAGUCAGUUCUUUCAGGUCUUCCUGGAAAUAGGUCUAAGGGGUUUGGGGGUCUUUGGUCAUCUUAAUCCUACCCUAUAGUCCAUGCCCACUUCCUGCCACUCAUUCCUGUGCUUAUGCUGUACUGUCUUGUGCUUAUCAGCAGGAACUACAACAAGGAUGUUUUUCCAGUGCUGCCCUAUCUCACCUUGCCUCCCUUCUUCAGCCACAUCUUUUUCUUUCUCUUGGCGUGUUAAUAUCAACAGUCCUUGUUUGUUACCAACAGUCCUUGCUUGACUCCACAGCCGUCCAGUUAUCUAUGUUUGAGACACAUGCAUUAGCUCUCCUAUGUUCUGGGAACAGAAUGCUUCAGUGGGACUUACUUUGGACUGCGGUUUAUAGGGUCAUUAGAGAGUGGGCUUCAGUAUGCAUUAGCCCUUUAUAAUUGAGAGCUCAAAGGGUCUCACUUUGGAUUGCUGUCUAGAAGGUCGCAAGAGAGUGGGCUUUAGUCAUAGUAAUUUUCCAUCCUGGCCACAAUUUGAGUUGGUUGAAGGUUCAACAGCAAAAAUACUGUUCCACUUGGGUUGUUACUCAGGCAAGAAAAAUAAGUUUCCAAGUCUGUUCAUUAAAAAACAGAUGCUCAAUAAACAUCUGUUAGUUCCUUGGAAUAGAUUAUAUCCAAUAAGCUCAAGAGUGGCUUAGUCUGGUUGCUCUUUGUGAAGGCCAAGGCCUAACAAGCAUUUCUCUGGUCUUGAUGGGGCCUGGGCAGUGGUGGGGACAGGUGCCACCACAAUCCAGUCCACGAUUAAAUUUAUCUGGGCCUCUACAGGAUGAAAUAGGGCUGUGGCCACGGGGACAAGCACAGGACCCCCCAGGGGGUACGAGGCCCCACUAGUAGGUGAGCACAGGUUUGGGAGGUGGUGAGGACCCCUGCCUAGCUGGCACUGCAGGGCAGAGUGGGGUGUCUGCAUGUGACACACUGCAAGAGUCCCCCACGUGUCCCCUGACACGUGUCGCUGUGGGCUUCUAGUACUCCGAGUGGCCCCACACAACCUCCCCUCGUGUCCUCACCUCUGACUGGAGGCUUGAGACCCACACUCCCACACGCUCCCGUGGUCCCAUCUGUGUCACUAUACCUUCACGGGUGUCUCCUGCCUGUGUUCCCCUUGGUCCCAGUCAGCCCUAUAACCCCCCAGACACUAGGGCUUCCCUCGCUUGGACUGCUGCAUGUGUCCCCCAAGUAGCCCAUGGCCCCGCGUGCGUCCCGGUGACCGGCAGAGCGCUCUCCCCUGCCGUCCAACGUGAGCGCCGGACCCCGCGUGAGUGACGCCCCCCGGCCCGGCGGUGCCCAAUGGGCAGCAGCGGGGGCGGGCGCUGCCGUUCGAAUAAGAGCGGCCGAGUAAGAGCGGCCGCCGCCGUUCGAGUACGAGCGGCCGCGGCCCGGGCCCGGGCGGCUUCGGUGUGCUAGAGGGUCGUCAGUACGGCUGGGGCCCCGGCGACGCCGAAGACGGACACGAUCCCCAGCCACGGUCACGGUCUGGGCAGGAACCUGAUAGGCUGGCCACAAUGUCUCUUCACAGCGCAAGAGUUGCUGCUCUUCUUGCUUGGGUGAACAGCACAAAGGUUUGUCCUGAUCCCCUCAAUGAUCUGUCCCAGCUUCAGGACUGUAGUGUCUUCAUCAGAAUUAUCCACAAAAUCCACGGGAGCAACGAGGGGGAGUCUGUGCUGGAGCAGCCGCUGCCAGAGAGGAUCUCCUUCAUCCAUGGUUUCCUGCAGACUUUGCGAGGUGCCAGCAGCUUUCCUGCAGCAGCCUGUGGAAGGGGAAACUUCCAGAUGGAAAUCCUUAUCAGAGCCUGUGUUCACAGCAAAGGAGAGCACUGCCGGCACAAAUUGGCUGCAGAAAACCUUGUCUCUGCACAGAAACUGCUGGAUGGAGAGGAGCUGGCUCUGGCCAAGGUGGCCGUGCUGCUUCUGUAUCACACCUCCAUGAGUUCCAAGAACUCUGGGGAUUGGAAUGAAUUUGACUACAAGACCCAGGUUGAACUGGCAUCAAUUGUCAAAUUUGUGCUGGAUAAUGAGGAGUGCCUGAAUGAGAAUCUGGAGCCAUUUCUGCAGAGGAAAGCAGAGCAGUCCUUGUCCAGUGUGUCCAGCAGCAGCUCUGAGGAACAUUCCCCACUGUUCUCUCUCCCGCACAAGCGAGAGGUGCAUUUCCUGGAGCUGCAGAGGAUUGCCUCCUUCCCCAGCACCAACCUGCCCAGCACUCCGUCUUCGCCCAUGGGGGACAUCAUGCAGACCCCCCAGUUUCAGCUGCGGCGGCUGAAGGAGCAGCUGGCUUUUGAGAGAAAGAAACAGGAAGAGCUGGAGGUGGAGGUGGCAGAGAAUCACAAGCUCGUCAUGGAGAAGGAUGCUCAGAUCACCACGAUGCAGCAGCAGAUUGAUCGCUUGGUAAAGCUCAAUGAGAAGCAAGCUGAAGACCGGCUGGAGCCCAAAGAAAUGGAGGAGCUGAGGCAGAAGAAUGAGAGCCUGGUGGGGCGCCUGCACGAGGCCUUCAGGCAGUGCCAGGACCUGAAGACUGAAAAAGCCCAGAUGGACCGAAAAAUCAACCAGCUCUCCGAGGAGAAUGGGGAUCUUUCCUUCAAGCUGCGGGAGAUCGCCAGCAAUAUGGUCCAGCUACAACGAGCCCUGAAUGAGCUCUCAGAGGAGCACAACACUGCCAUGGCACAGUCGCAGGAAAAGCAGCGACAGCUGGAGAAGGAGCUGCAUGCAGCCCUGCAGGAUAAGAAAUGCUCAGAAGAGAAAAUCGAGAUUCUACAGGGAAAGAUUUCUAUGCUGGAGGACCAGUUGGCCAAGCUGGAGGAAUGCAGCACCCAGGAGAAGGGAGAGGUCAUGGGGGACAUUUUGAAGCUGGAGGAGCUGAAGCAGGAAGUGUCCAGCCUCACAGCCAAAGGACUGCAGCUGGAGGAGGAGAAGCAGCAGCUGGACAGCCUUGUCACCAGCCUCCAGAGCUCCCUCUCUGAGAGCCACCGGGCCCAAGAGAGACUGAAGCGAGACCUGCAGGCACGGGCUGCCGAGGGCCAGGCUGAGCAGCUGGCUGCCCUCAGCGUCCAGCAUGAGCAGGCCCUGCGGGAAAGGGACUCUGCCCUGCAGCAGCUCCAGCAGGCCAACACAUCCCUUAGCAGCCAGCUGCAGGCCGUGGAUGAAGAGAAGGCUGCACUGAGCCGCAAGGUCAGCGAACUGGAAGCCGAGAUCCUGGAGCUGGGUGCCCAACGGCAGCAGGGAGUGGCAGCAGAGGCACUGAAAGCCCAGCUGCAGGAGCUGGAAGGCAGGCUAAAGGAGAGCCAGCAGAGGCUGGCUGAGAGGGAGAAGCUGGCCCGGGAGAACAGCCGCCUGCAGGAGCAGCUGCUCUUCCUGGAGGAAUCCCUGCGCAACACUGAGGGUAUAUUGGAGGACGAGAAGAGACGGGCAGCUGAGUGCCUGGAAGGCAACCUGGCCAGGAUCGCUGAGCUGGAGGCAGAGAGACAGCAGCUGGUUCAGGGCCAGAAGCCAGCUCUGCCGGAGCAGGGUGAGGAGCUGGCCACACGCCAGGAGCUGCCUGUGGGAGCCUCUCCUGCUGCCCGAGGGGAGGACGAAGAGUGCAGGCGGUUGAAGGAGGAAAUGGAGGUGCUGAGCCAGGAGCACAGGCGGACCUGUCAGCAGCUGCAGGCUGAGCAGGAGAAGGUGGCUGUGCUGGAGGCUCAGGCAGUGCAGCUGGCUAGCCUCCAGGCUGACUUGACCAGCGCUCAGUCAUGGGCAAAAGAGAAGGAGAGCGAAGAGCAGAAGCUGAGGGCCGAGAUUUCAUCCCUGCAGGAGAAGAUGGCUGUGGCAGAGCAAACAGCAGCCCAGCAUGUGGCCAAGCUGGAGGCGGAUGCCCAGAGAGCUGCUGAGGCACUGGAGGGAGUCUCCCAUCAGCUGUCGCAGGAGAAGCUCAAGUCCAAGGAGUUGGAAGGCACCAUGGAUCAGCUGCGGAUUGCAGAGAAGGAGCUGGUGUCCCUCCGCUCUGCCGUGCAGGAGAAGGAGAGCUGGAAGGAACAAGUGUCCCAGUGUGUCCAGGAGAUGGAGAGGAAGAACAGCCUGAUCAGCAGCCUGGAGCAUGAGAUCUCCAUCCUCCAUCACCAGGUGACAGAGAAGGAAGGGGAGAGCAAGGAGCUGAAACGCCUGAUCUUGGCUGAGUCGGAGAAGAGCAAGAAGCUAGAGGAGAGGCUGCGAGUGCUGCAGACAGAGAUGGCCACCGCAGCCUCCCGUGCAGCUGAGAGGUGCUCGUUGAUGAAGGUAGAUGUGCAGCGGUGCCAGGAAGAGAUGGAGAAGCAGCGGAUGACCAUUGAGGCCCUGAAGAGAGACCGCCAUUGCCAGAGCGAGCGGGAGGAUGAGCUGCGGCAGGAGGCAAAGGUCUGCCAGGAUAAGUGCCUACAGAAGGAGCAGCUCCUGGCUGCUCUGCAGCAGGAGCUCGACAGCGCUCGGGCCAAGCAUGCCUCUCUAGAAAGCCAGCACCACCAGGACCUGGAGCAGAGAGCAAAAGCUGUGUCCAUGCUGCAAGCCGAGCUAGCGCAGGCCAAGCUGGAGGUGGCUGAGGUGCGGUCACUGCGGGAGCAGUUGGCAGAAAAGGACCGGGCCAUUCAGCGUCUGCAGGCUGAUGCAGCAGAGUUGGGGGCACAGCUGGCAGGGCUGCAACAGGCCAAUGCUCGGCUGGCCGAGGAGAACCAGGGGCUCAGCAAGAGCCGCAGCCAAGGGCAGCGGCAGCUUGAGGCAGAACUGGGCCAGGCCAGGGAGCGGCACAUGCAGGAGCUGGAGCAGCUGCGGGCAGCAUCUGAGAAGCUGGUGACCAGCAGCAGGCAGGAGGCUAAGGAGGCAGUACAGAAGCUGGAGGAUCUGAGUAAGGAGUAUGAGAGCAGCAAGGCGGCAGCCUUGGAAGAGAGGAAGAAACUCCUGGAAGAGAAGCAGAGACUGACAAGUCAGGUGGAGCAGUUGGAGAUAAUCCAGAAGGACCAAACUAAGCAGGUGGACGAGCUGAAUAAAAAGCUGACUCAGCAUGAGAAGGCCACCUGGACCCAGCAGCAGAGAGUUAAAGCACUCGAAGGGGAGCUGCAGGCAGCAGUCACAAGCCAUCAGGAGAAGGUGGCAGAGCUGCAGGUGCAGCUCACCCAGAAGGAACAGGCAGCUGAGCACUACAAAGGGCAGAUGGAGAAAGCAAAAAGUCAUUAUGAUGCCAAGAAGCAGCAGAACCAGGAGCUAUCAGAGAAGCUGAAGGCCAUGGAGCACCUGCAGAAAGAGAACACAGAGCUUCAGAGCAAAUCGGAGAGGCUGGCCAAGGAGCUGCAGCAGAACAUCCAGCAGGCCAAGGAGUCUGAGAUGAGCUGCAAGAAUCUUACCAGGCAGAUCCACAGCCUGGAAGCUCAGGUGGAGGCUGCCAAACGACAGGUGCAGGAACUCAGCAAGUUCCAGGUGAAGACUGCCACAGUAAAGGGACAUGAGACUUCCUCCGAGAGUGUGGUUGACCAGAGCACUGAUAGCCUCGAUGAGGCACAGCUGCUCAACUCCACCAGGAAGGCUACCAGCUCUCAGUUGGAAGUCUCAGUGGUGCCAUCAGACAGUGAAGACUCACUGCUGUCUCAGCGGCUGCCCCUGGGGAAGACAUCCCUGGAGAGUCUCUACUUUACUCCCAUCCGCUCUGAGAUGCCAUCACAGCUUGAGAGCAGCACCAACUUCCCGGGUGACUUCUCGCUCGACUCCGGGUGCAAGACCCGCUCUGCCCGGCGCCGCACUACCAUUAACAUCACCAUGACAGAUAAACAGGCAGAGUCUGAGGAACUGGUCUGCAUCAAGAACAUCCCAUUGGCUCAGUCCACAAAAACAUCUUCCCCUGCUAAGGGCCGUCUGCGUUCAGGAGCCUCCACCCGUUCCCUCACCAGCUUCCCCUCCCAGGAAACUCUUGCAAAGCUGGAAGCCUCCUCCCCAGAGAAGACCCCUGGCCAUUCAGCACUGUUGGGCCUCCCUGGGUACCGACCAGUCACCCGUAGCUCCCUGCGCUUGCAGACCAGCAGCUCCAGCCUCGGUGCGUGUGGGCAGGGCCGGAACACCAUGAAGCUGGGCAUGUGCCAGGAUGAGCCGGAGCAGCUGGAUGACUGGAACCGCAUUGCAGAGCUGCAGCGGCGGAACCAGGCCCGCCCCCCCCACCUGAAAAGCAGCUACCCCCUAGAGAGCAUGCCCUCCACCUCCUUGGGAACCAUCACAGAUGAGGAUGUGAAGAUGGGGGACCCAGAAGAGACGCUGCAACGUGGCAGCAGGCAGCCCUCCCAGAUCAUCGCCAGCAGCCAGCGCAGCACCCAGGCCUCCAGCCAAGCCAGCAGCAUCACCACCCGGCAGCGGAGGAAGCGCCUCUCGGAGGAGACCCACCAAGGCCCUGACACCCCCCCGUCCAAGAAGCCAACUAGCUGCUUCCCACGGCCCCAGACCACCCAGGACCGCAGUGCACAGAGUGGCUCCCAGAUCAGUCAAGAGAGCGAGCAGCCAGCCCCAGCCACACAAGCUCAGAGGCGCCAGUCGAUGGCGUUCAGCAUCCUCAACACCCCCAGGGAGCUGGGGAGGCGCCUGCUGCGCCGGGCAGUCGCCCAGAGGAGCACUCCCACAUCCUCCAGCGGCACCCGCCGUUCAUCCCGCAUCGCCACCGCCAAGUCCCCAAAGGGCAAGGCCAGUCGCCAGUCACGUAAGGACAAGCAAUCCUGAGGUUUCCCCAGUCCCUGCGUUGCUGGCUCUGCCCUGGCCUCCACCUGCACCCCCUCACCUCUUCCUGUCCCCCCAGGGCCCAGGAGCACUGAGGGUGAACAGGUGGGGCCACCGACACGACUGCCUUGCAUACCCACUGACAACUGGGGGGGUGCCCUGGGCAUGGCAAGGCCCCCUUGCCCUUCCUGUACCCAUUGUCAUCCUAAACCCUUCUGGGACCCAAGGCAAAGGGGUGCACAGAGGUUGAGGGCUAGAAACACAGAGGGGUGCAGGGGCUGGCACCAGGCUGCAGCUGGAGGGGCUGAGCUCUCCCCAGGGAUAUCCUGCAGCCUCAGGUACAGGGACAGAGGUGAAACUUAGCAUCCCUCGGGCCACUACCCUUGCUCCCUGUGUGUGGGACCCCCCCCCACCUGCCCUGUCCUCCUGCUCCUCCCAGGGAAGCUGAGGCAGCAUUUUUAAAUGUUUCUACUUGUAAAUAAAGUGUAUUUUUCACCUGA